AUUCCUGUCCUAUGAAGCAAGUCUGUUUGUAUUUCAGGUUUGCCAGGACUAAUGAAUUAAAAAUCUUGGGCUCACCACAGUUUGCUGUUUAAUAAUGCCUGUGACAGAAGGAUUUUUUCCUCCCUGAAGUGUGACAGUAUCAUAAUCCCUCAUCCCUGGCAAGGAGAAGAAGGAAAAUCAGAAUUGUGGAGAAAAGUGGAAAAGGGUUAUCUUUUGGGACAGCAAAGCCUAUGGGAAGUGCAGGUAGCAGCAUGUUGCCCUGACAGCUGUCUCAGCUUCUCAGACCUUGUCAGUUUGUUGCUAUGCAGCAGGUGCAGCCUUUUCUUUUAUUGAAGCUUUACUCCAUAAAGGCAACGACAAGCCAAGGCAGUGGCUGGCCCUGGAUUACACAAGUGCAGACACUCCGCUAAGUGAGGGUUUCAUCACAGUCAAAUCACUUUUUGGAAUUGAUGGUCUCAGAAGAAAGACAGAGGACUGAGUAAGGUCCCAACCCAGGAGCCAAAUCCAUGCAGACAGAGCCCUACAGCUGCACAGGCUUCCACUGAAGAACCACCACCAAGCUGGAACAAACAAGUAAAAGCAUUGACUCAAGUGCCCACAUGAUCACCACCGCCAGGGUACCUGCUGAUAAGCCGGUACGAAUUGCCUUCAGCCUUAAUGAUUCCCCAGAUGAUGCAUCCCCUGAAAACUUCUCUUUGGCAUUUCCAGAACUAGAUCAGCAGCUGCAGCCUCUGCCUCCUUGUCAUGACUCUAAGGAAUCUAUGCAGGUGUAUAAACAGCACUGCAAAAUAGCAGAAGAGUACCAUGAGGUCAAGAAAGAAAUUGCUCUGCUGGAAGAAAGAAAAAAGGAGCUGAUUGCCAGACUGGAACAAGUGGAAAAAGAAAGCAUGGAUGCAGCUCGGCUGGCUAAGGAGUAUGCAGAGCUGACAGAGGAGAACCGAACACUGAAGCUGGCCCAGACACAGUGCGUGGAGCAGCUGGAAAAACUCAGGAUACAGUACCAAAAAAGACAGGGCUCCUCAUAACUCCCAACUAGCUCGUGUGAGGCAGUUCAUACAGGAAUGAUCCUGUGCUGGAAAGAGAUUUUAAAAUAAAGAUUUGUUUAAUAUGUUACAACACUUUACUACAGAUGCAGAGUAUGUAGAAGUCUGAAUUUUAUUUAAUGCUUGCCACCCAGUAGCUUAAUAUAAUGGAUAUUUCAUCCAUUAUAUAAUGGAUGUUUUAUUUCAAGUAACAUAAUUGGAGUUAAUCUAUCCCCAUUAUAUGUUCUAGUGGAUCAGGUUUCUUUUCUAAACAUAUUUCUUCCAAUUUAAGAAGAUAUGGACACACUAGAAAAUUAUAUAAAUAGUCUCUGUGUUAGAAAUUUGGAUCAUACUAAGGACUGGGACAAUGUUAAUAUAUGGAAUAUAUGUAUGUUAAUUUUAGUUUGGUAAAUUCUUUUUAAAUUAUUUUCGUCAUGCGUAAAGUGUUUGGAAGUUAUCUUGGAGCAGAUGUCCUCACUAGUAAAAGCUAUACUUCAUGUCAACUUCACACUGUUGUAUAAAAUCUGAAAAACUGCACAUUAAAAAUUGAAGUAACAAAAUCAAUUUUUUAUCAAACAAAUGCACUGAGAGUGAUACUUUACAAGUUAUAAAAUUAAAAGGAAACAGAUGAGAUCAAACUUCCCUUCCUUAAGUGUAAAGAUUACUUGAGUGUCUUUUUAUUAUACUUUUUGGCAUGCAAGAAAUGAAAAAUUAAUAUAAGAAUCAUAGUUUCAUCAUAGUUACAACUGAGACUAUGUCACUAAAAUUAUUGUGAGGAUCUUUUGUUCUUGUUUUCUGGUCUAUUUUGAAACACAACUGACUGUAAGUAGGGAUGGUAGUUCUGUGACACACAAAUAACUGGGAAGUAAAAUGUCAGUUUUACUUGCUCUAUUUAUCCCUGUAUUUUCUUAGAUCAAAUUAAAAAUCUUUGUUAUACUUCCA